GCUGCCUGAGUCCAUCCGGGUACUGGACACAAACUGGCCUAUGAGGCAAAAGGUACCAAUAUGGCGGAGGCUUCCCUUGGGAGUUCGAGCCCUGUUGGCUCUCUGUCAUCGGAGGAUCAUGACUUUGACCCGACAGCAGAGAUGCUGGUUCAUGAGUAUGAUGAUGAACGGACAUUAGAAGAGGAGGAGUCGCUGGAGGGAGAGAAGAAUUUCAGCACAGAAUUAGCAGACCUGGAGAAGGAGGGAAAUAUGCCCCUGGAGGAGCUUUUGGCCAUGUAUCGAUAUGAAGCUUCAGUCAGUACGGCUGCAGGGUCGAGUUUGGACAGCUCUUCCGGAGAACUGGCUGAUGAUCUGCCUGAUAUGACUCUGGAUAAGGAGGAAAUAGCCAAAGACUUGCUUUCAGGUGAUUAUGAGGAAGACACGCAAUCAUCAGCAGAUGACCUCACCCCUUCUGUUACCUCUCAUGAAGCCACUGAUUUCUUCCCAAGAACUCUUAGAUCCAGUGCUACUUAUGAUGGUGAUAAAGAGUCUGAGGGAGAAGAGGACGGUCUCAGUCCAGAGGACUCGAGGAAGGAAAUCAUGGUUGGAUCGCAGUAUCAAGCAGAGGUUCCUUCAGGCCUCAGUUUCUACACAGACAAUGAUAAAGUGUUUGAGGAGGAGGAUCAGCUGCUGUGGAGUCCUGAUGUACUGUCAGAAAAGAAGGUGGAAGACUACCUCAGAGAGGCGCUCUCUCGGUCUACAGACAGCGGAACAGGAAACUCUACAUUUAGGGGACACAUACAAGACAAUGAACAGGCUUUAUAUGAGCUUGUAAAAUGUAACUACAACACGAGUGAAGCCCUGGCGUGUUACAGUAGUAACCUCAAGUCUUCAAAAGAAUUGCCACCAUGGUCUGAAGAAGAGUGCAGAAAUUUUGAACAUGCACUUCAGAUUUAUGAAAAGAACUUCCAUCUAAUUCAGAAAAACAAGGUUCCUACGAGGACAGUUGCGGAGUGUGUAGCCUUCUACUACAUGUGGAAAAAGUCAGAACGGUUCGACUAUUUCGUUCAACAAAAUCGAUUUGGGAAAAAGAAAUACAGUAUCUACCCAGGAGUGACAGACCUGAUGGACCGGCUCGUGGAUGAAGCAGAAGGCCUGGCGGUGGACAGCUCUUCUUCUGUGUGUUCUGGUGGAGCCGGAGGGAGGAUGGAGGUAUCGGCAGAACAGCAGCUCGGUCUUCUCAACACCAUCACUGCUAGUGAUCUAACGGCUCUGAGUAACAGCGUGGCGUCCGUCUGCAGUCCGGCAGAAAUGAGCUGCUUAGACUCCUCCUACUUCCCCCCUCUGGAGAGUUUACACCGCGGAGCGCUGGGUCACGACGAGGCGCUCGGCUACCCCGCGGCCGGCGACUCCGGCUGCCUCGGCGUGCUGGACUCCGCCUUCUACCGCUCGGACCUGGGUCAGCUGGGAGUGUGCAGCAGUAAGGACUGCGAGCGUCCCUCCAAACGCCUAAAAAUGGGCCUGUCCGAGACCUUCAUCAACGACAUGGCCGUCACAAACCUGGGCGUGGACUUCGAGGGCAGACGCACGCAUCGCAUCACGGGAGCCAAAAUGGCCGUCUCCGUUACAGACUUCAGUAGCAUAGCGGGAGGAGAAGCGAACAGUUUCAUCAGCUCUCACUCUCGCCACCACCAACACACCGCACUGCAGUCUGACUGACCUCAGUGCACAAACACACACUCACACAAUUACACUCACACACACACACAAACAUACAUACAUACAUACAAACAUAUAUACAGCUCUGGAAAAAAAUAAGAGAGCACUUCAGUUUCUGAAUCAGUUUCUCUGAUUUUACUAUUUAUAGGUUUAUGUUUGAGUAAAAUGAACAUUGUUGUUUUAUUCUAUAAACUACAGACAACAUUUCUCCCAAAUUACAAAUAAAAAUAUUCUCAUUUAGAGCAUUUAUUUACAGAAAAUGAGAAAUGACUGAAAUAACAAAAAAGAUGCAGAACUUUCAGACCUCAAAUAAUGCAAAGAAAACAAGUUCAUAUUCAUAAAGUUUUAAGAGUUCAGAAAUAAUCAAUAUUUGGGGAAAUUACUCUUAUUUCUUGGCUUGUUCCCCUCCACCAGUUUUACACACUGCUUUUGGAUGACAUUAUGCCACUCCAUGUGCAAACAAAACUUUGAAAUAUAAUCAAAAAGAAGAUGGAUGAUCACAAGCCAUCAAACCACCAAGCUAAACUGCUUAAAUAUUUGCAGCAGGAGUGUAAUAAGCAUAAAGUUAUCCAAAAUCAGUGUGUAAGACUGGUGGAGGAGAACAUGAUGCCAAGAAAUCAGGGUUAUUCCACUGCUUUUACUGACUUCUAAACUUUUAAAACAUUACUUUUAUACAUCUGUAGUUUAUAAAAUACAAUAACAAUGUUCAUUUUACUCAAAAAAUGUAUAGCUAUAAAUAGUAAAAUCAGAGAAAUGAUUCAUUUUGAAGUGGUCUCUUAUUUUUUUUUUUCCAGAGCUCUGUAUAUACACAUACAUACACACACAAAAACACACCCCUCGAUCCAGCCUGUACAGAUAUUCCCACUGACUGAACCUUAGUUUGUUUUCUAAUUAUCUAUUAAUAUACUUUUUUUUUGUUUGUUUGUUUUGUUAAUUUUCUUUUUUUUUGUUUGUUUUUUGUAAUAUGACAUCAGUGAUGUCUUUAUUGUACAGAGCUAAGAAAUCUUGAUUUCUCAAGAGUUUAAAUAGCCAUUUAUUUUUCUGGUCCUUUUAGAUAUUUAAUAAUAUCCAUAUAUCCACGACGAUUUACAGUUGAUGAACCCAAAUGCUGGAGUCCUCAACCCUAUAGAAUAACGGCGCCCUGCAGAUUUACUCACGGAAACUUACAAACGUAAUGUUGCCAGGAGCUGCGUUGAUGACGACUUCUUCUUCUUCUUCUUCUUCUACUUUUUUUUGUAUAUUUUAAUGUUUGUAAGUUGUUUUUCUAAACUGGUACUAUUUUCAGUGUUUACACAAAAACCGAGAGACACCGGGCCUUGGCAAAUGUAGCAUUUUGUAUAUCGAGAAAAGAUUUUGUCUUUAAAUUGAGAUAUUUCUUGAAGUAAAACAGCGACGUGUAUAACAAUGAAGAGCACUUCUAAGAGCUUAGAACGUUUUGGCUUUCCAUGUUUCCUUUUUCCUUAUUUUUUUUUUGUUAUUUGUUUUGUUAUUUGUUUGUUUAUUGCUCUGCUUUGUGAAUGCAUGCAUGCAACAUAUCCUGCCUGCAUUAAUAUUUUUUUUUAUUUAGUUUUUUGGCACCCUGACCCGAGACGGCCACUUAAUUAUUAUUAUUAUUAUUUAGUGUUUUCUACAGAAGAAUUGCAUAUUCUUAUCGUCUAAUUUGUGGUAGCUGUGAUUUGGUUGUUCUAGUUGGGCUGGAUUUAAGUGUGUUUAAGCUUUAAGAGCAAAAGAAAUCCUCACUGUUAAAAAAACAGAUAUCUGAUAUCUGCCAGGGUUCUUAUGUGACUUGAAAACAAACCUAAACCUUAAAAUGCGGCUGAUUGCACUUCUGAUUGUGCGCAGAUGUCCCAGAAUUACAGAAAAAGCAACAGAAACAUUUACAGAGGAAUAAGCGAGAAUGAUAACUGGUGUUUAAGCAGUUCUAGACCUCACUGUUUAAAGGGCUGCAAAUGAUGAUUAUUUUUUAGUAUUUUAGUAGUCGACUAAUUUUAUGAUUUAUAUUUUCGAUUAGUUGAUUACUGAGCGAUUUGUAUUUCUGCCAUGUCCUUCAUCUCGAAAAACAACAGAGAAACAGCUAAACACAAGAUUUAAAAGACAUUUAAAUGUCUGGAUGUUGUUUAAAAUGUAGAAAGUUCUGAUAUUUAGUGAGAAAAUAUGUAAUCUGCGGGUCUGUUGCAAAUUAACAAAUGAACAAUUAGUCAACAAUUAAUUUUUUAUUUUGUAGGCGACCAAUUGAAUUAAUCAACAUUGUCAAUUAUAUCGACUAAUCGUUGCAGCCCUACUUUUGAGGUUGAUGAUUAUUUUGAUGAUAAGAAGAUAAUGCUUUUCAGUGAGAAUUUUUUUUUUUUGGCCAGGCUCAUUCCCCCCUUAAGUUUGUCGACAGUAUUAUAUAAAUCUUUAAUGUAUUUCAGUUGUAAAUAUGUUAAAAGACAAGAAAGAGAGCUUUUUUGUCUUCAUGAUCCUUUGGAGGAUUUAAGUCCAACUUAAAUACGAAGCCACUGCUCACGGUCUCAUCGGUUACAGAUCGGUUUCUCACAGUAUAGAUAAAUACUGUUCUGCCAUAAACUGUUUGCUAAUGCGGUUCUGCGGUUCUUCAGUUCUCGUAAACGUGAUGUUGAUACAGUUGAUAGCUUUGGUAAUUAUCGAGUGUUACUUUAGCUAUGCAGAACUGCUGUAGCUGCACCAGAGGUACCGCAGAUUUCUGAAUGUUUGACCUGAUUUGACCUCUUAAUUGUUAUUAAGCUUGCUGUCUUGAUAUUGUUCAUUGUUAAGAGAUGUCCUCCUUCUAUUCCACCACGUUUGUGUUCUGUAUGCAGCUGAAGAGAAUCAGAGAAAACAGAAUAGGAUAACAUUUUUAGCUGGUGCGUUUGAUGCUGGUGGAAAAUCACAUACUAACAUUAGCUGCGAGUUAGCGGAGAACUAGCUAACAUCAGCAGCAAGCUAGCUAACAUUACCAGGGAGAGAACUAAGGGUACCAUAGAGCUAGCUAACAUACUCAGCAAGCUAGCUUAUGUUACUGGGGAAAGAACUAAGGUUAGCCGAGAGCUUGCUAACAUCAGCAGCAAGCUAACUAGCUAAUGUUACCAGCGAGAGAACUAAGGUUAGCGGCUAACUAGCUAACAUCAGCCACGAGCUACCUAACGUUCCUGAGGAGAGACCUAAGGUUAGAGGAGUUAACUUAAGCGAUGAGCUAGCUAAUGUUACCAGGGAGCUAACUAACAUUAGCAGCAAGCUAGCUAAUGUUACCGGGGAGAGCACUAAGGUUAGCCGAGAGCUAGCUAACAUCAGCCACUAGCUAGGUAACGUUUCAGGGGAGAGAACUAAGGUUAGCUUAGAGCUAACUAACAUUAGCAGCAAGCUAGCUAAUGUUACCAGGGAGAGAACUAAGGUUAGAAGAGUUAACUUUAGCAGUGAGCUUGCUAAUAUAUUAAUGUUAGCUACAAGUUAGCAGAGAGCUAGCUAACAUGCUAACAUGUUCUGCAUCACAGUGGAACUAAAUUUUAAAAAAGAUUAUAUAAAAAGUGGGAUUUCCAAUACAAAAAACAAUUUUCUAUUAAAUUAAUUCAAUUAUGACUCCUUAUGGGCCUUAAAUUAUAUCUAUUCGGGUCUUAAAAAGAAUUAAAUAUGACUUUUAAAAUGGAGCAACUGAAGAAACUUUCAGUUGUCGAAAUGUAUAAAAUAGCUAGAAAGCUUUAGAAACUCGACACUUGAAACCUUUGUUUUUCUCUUUUUUCUUCUGUUCAUCCAGAACACAAACGUCUAAAUGGAAUAAUUUAGAGUUUAUACUUUAAUGUCCUGGACGGGUUUUCCUUUUCCCGGAAGUUGGUGAUGCAAAACUGUUAACGUUCCUGUUUUUCACGGCAAUAAUGUGUGUAGAUAUGUACAGAUUGUUUUAUUCUCAUAUUUCUUAUAUUCCUUAAAGAACAUUUAUUAUACUUCUCUUUUUUCCUUUUCUUUUUUUAAUUUGCUGCAGUGAGAGACGAGAGACAUCUAAAGCCAUGCAUGCCCAGAUGUGGCUGUUUGCAAAUUAAUUACCACUAAAAACUAAAAUUCUUUUUAUUUUUAUCUUUUUUAUUUUUGUUGUUUCUAGGGGGUGGGACUGGGAGGGGGAGGUUAUAUAGGGGUGGGAAUUGAUGGAUGUAUAGAUGGUUGUGUGGCACAUAACUCACAUUUUUAGUGAUAUCGAUUUGAUUUUUGAUUUUGGGAAGCCCCACUACAUGAUUACAUGAAUAGCAAGACUAUUCUCCUUAUUAUAUAUGUAGAUAACAGAUUUUUACAUGCAUCCCAAAUAUACUUACAUAAAUUUCAUAUAUAUUUUGCAGAAGCUGCUACUGGUAAUGUGAAAACUACACCUCAGCUGUCUAAUCAAACACAGAAUAUGUUGUUUUUUACUAACAAAGUUCAAGAACAGUUAAAAUUAUGGUUUACGCUUUUCCUGCUAAAAGAGGAAUAUUUCUCUUCUUAUUUUACUAUUUAAAAACAUGCUUAAAACAAAGAAAUUCAGAUUUCCACCAAGAAUAGAUAGAACUAGAGCCCUAGAACAUGAAUGUAAGCUGCCUCAGCAUUGAACCCAGUACAGGAUCGAUGUACUAAAGGUUUUAAAAGGGUUUAAAAAAUAUUGUUUCACCUGCAUUUGGAAACCUUUCUAAAAAAUACACCACCUAUAAACCACCUGAGACACCUUCCCCAGAGAUCAAGCAUCAAACAUACAUUUUUGUCUUUUUUUUCCCACUAUGUUAUAUUUUGGAUAAAAUAGUAAAAUCUUUGGAGAAAAUAAUAAUGUAUUUAAAAAGAUGUAUCGACCAAUAGAAUUCGCGUAAGACACUUUUUAAACUUUUUGAUGUUUAAAAAAAAUUGCUUGGAAGAUGUUCUCAAUGGUUUCGGGUGUGUGUGUGUGUGUGUGUGUGUGUGUGU